AUGCUAGAGCUCGAGAACUCCGAUUUCUUAAAGCCCAUCGACAGCUGCAGCAGCGCCAACCAACUCAAAGUGCACUCGCUGACUGUCUGCAUCUCCGACAGCUCGAACGACGACAACGACAGCAACAACCAAGCCUCCAGCUCGUCGUCGGACGUGUUGGUUCUUGUGGGCUCCAUCGUCGGAGGCCUGUUAGUGCUCGUUGCUGUGGUGCUAGCUGGCAUUUGGCUGUACAGGAUGCGCGUACGAAGACACGACAAUCGCUCCCGAGUAGUUCGUGAGUCGUACUUUGGUGGGCUAUCGCCGCCUCUCGCGCGAUCUCCAGUUGAUAAAGGCUACCGUGGUGGUCGACGCACACCUGUGAGUGGAGGCCCACGCUUCUGUAGCGACUAUGAGUACGAGGAGAGUAAUUACUCGCCUCGUAUCUCGACUCGUAGUACACAGAGUAACCAAAGCUCAACGGCGUAUUCACUCUGGAACGACGAGGAGUUAUUGUCGCUGCAGGUGAAGUAUGACGAGAUUGAGGACAUUGGGACGAUCGGCAGUGGAGCGUUCGGGAUCGUGUGGCUAGUGAAGUACCGUGGCUCUCAAUUGCUGGCGUCCAAGCGAGUGCGUUCCGACCUGGUGACGAAGCAGAGAACGCAAGCUUUUAUUGAGGAGAUCAAGAUGGUGGCGCCUUUGGAUCACCCGAACGUCGUGCGUCUUCUUGGAUGCGCUUGGACGAUCGAGAGCGACUUGCAGGCGCUGUUCGAGUACAUGGAGGGCGGUGACUUACGUGACUACCUCGUGGAUCCGACGUCUCCUCGCCAUUGGAGUCAGGAGUUGCUGCAACUAGCUGCCGAUAUCAUCGAGGCGUUGGUUCACGGAACGUGUUGCUAA